AUGAUAACGGAAGCCACGAUGGCACCGUUCGCAGGUAUAAGGCAUUCUGGCGUUAUGGCAAUAAAUAUGGUUUUUCAAGCUGCGAUGGUUAGCGUAGCUUUUGCCGCAUUCCUGACAAACAUGAACCUUCUUGCUCGGCUCUGCCGCGUGCCUCCUCGCAGCGAAGUCGAAGGGGGUGGGCGUAUCUUUUGCCGCAUUCCUGGCACAUGUGUAUCUUCUGCGGCUCUGCCUCGUGCCUCCUUGAAGAGAAAUCGAAAGGGGUGGGGUUCGCCCCUUAAUAUCCUCCUUGGAGGUGUGCAAACCUCCACGCCGACCUCUCCAAGUUUCCUCCUUCUUCAACUCUGCCACGUACCUCCUUCAGAGGAAUCGAAAGGAGUGGGGUUCGUCCCCCCAACAUCCUCCUUGGAGAAAUUACUUAUAUAUCUCCAUGAAGCUCUACGUAAUUACGUUAAUGUCACUAAGCCAGCUGCAUCAAAUGAUUCCAACAAGUCAUCGUACGUCGGGAUUUCUUCUGUUACUGCUAAAGGUGAAUUCUUCUGCAUAGACUGCAGAGGAUAUUGCACUCUUCAGGCACGUUGUCCUGACCACCCGGAAAUUUUGAAACAUCCAGGUCUCGAAGCGAGUCUUAUUCCAGCAGAGCGACCUCUUUUUCCUAAUUACAAACACUGA